AUGAGUGACCGAUAGCUCGAUCAGCAUCAUCAUCUCUUCGGUUACUUGGAUUGUAUCCCUGUAUGAUCGACUCGAUUACAUUCACUCCUGGCGAAGACACAUGUCUCGUCGAAUCCAGCCUACUCUCCGUGGAUUCCAGACGACUAGAAGAGCCAUGUCUUUCAACUCGUUGUGCAAAGAGGCCCUUUCAUCGGGCAAAAAGGUCAUUGCGGUCGACGCCGACGAUGUUCUCGCCAGCACGAAUGCCAAGGUCGCGGAGAUGUACAACGAACUCUACGAAUUGGACCCACCCAUGCGUCUAACCGACUUUAGACAUUACCUCUACUGGCAAAACCGAGGCUGGGGAACACCUGUGGAAACGGCGGAGAAGAUCAGGAACAUGUACCGAAGAGGAUUGCUGGCAAAAGCAGAGCCUAUAAAGGGAGCCAGAGAAGGGUUGCAAGCAUUAAAGGACCUGGGAUUCCGUCUGGUACUAAUCACAGCAAGAGGCCCCGACACGGAGCCUGGAACGCAUGUCUGGCUGAAAGAGAAUAUGCCUGAUCUGUUCGAGAGCCUGCAUUUCACCGGUGCUUUCGUGGCUAUGCAGAAUCCGGAUACCGCUACAGCGUCGCCGCCGAAAAAGCGGAGUAAAGCCGCCGUGGCACACGCCCUAGGUGCUUGUCUCUUGAUCGACGACUCGCUAGAGAACGCAUUGACCUGCGCGGCACACGAACCUCCUCUACCCGUGCUGCUCUUCGGCAAGUACCCAUGGAACAGCCAUCUCACCGCCGAAGACACCACCGAGGACGACAAAGCGCAUCAGGAACGGGUAUUGAGGGGGAUCGAGUCGGAAAAGGGCGAAGAUUUGGCUUCCCGUCUGAAACGGGAGGAAGAGACGAAAGGUCGACUGGACCUGCCCGACAGCGUACAACGGGUGGAUAAUUGGGAAGAGGUCGUCGAGACGCUCAAGGGAUUGUCAAAGGACGGAUUGGCAAAGGGUCGAUUGUAAUCACGCUGAGAUGCACCCAUCUCCCAUUGCUUCGAUGUGAUGGAUUACCUCAUGUCGUC